CGCAAAACAACGAUCAGCAGGCUAAACCAUUUGUUCACAGUGCAACCAGAGACAGGUGCCAUGGCCUGGCUUCAAGGCCCGAGUGCCUCCCCUGCUGAAUUGGUGUACGUGUUUGGACCCGUCCUGGCAGCGACAUAUCUCUUUGCCCUGGCGACCUGGCGCCUGUAUCUCUGCCCUGCAGCGGACAUCCCUGGACCGACACUGGCCAAGCUCACGUACUGGUACGAGUUCUACUACGAUGUCGUCCUCGGCGGCCAAUAUAUCUGGAAGAUCCGAGCCAUGCACGAGCAAUACGGCCCAAUCGUGCGUAUCAACCCCGAGGAAGUCCAUAUCCAGGACCCGGACUUCUACGACCAAGUGUACGCGGGAUCGACGCACAAGCGGAACAAAUGGACCUUUUUCACAAACCAGAGCGGCCUGCCGCAGUCGGCAUUUGGUACACCAGACCACAAUCUCCACCGCAUGCGCAGGGCGGCGUUGAACCCCUACUUCUCCAAGGCCAAGGUGCGCAUCCUCCAGCCUCGCAUCGAGUCUCGUCUGGACAAUCUGCUGGCUCGGUUCCGCCAAUUUCGCGAGUCUGGGGAUCCCAUGACGGUGUCACUGGCUUAUGCCGCCCUCACGAACGACGUCGUCAUGGAGUAUGCAUUUGGGCGCAGUGACAAUCGCCUGUUGGCCCCCGACUUCGACCCCAGCUUCAAAGAGGCCGGUGAGGCCGGGGCCAAGCUGGGUCAUUUUGUCAAACAGAUGCCGUGGGUGUUGACCCUGAUGAAAAUACUUCCCGACUCGGUGCAGAUUGCUUUGAAUCCCGUUAUGGCAAGCUAUAUCAAUCUCAACAAGGAUAUCAUCCGCCACGUCUCCGAGAUCUAUUCACAUCGCGGCGAUGCCCAGAAUAAGUACGGCUCGCAAACCACCAUCUUCCAUGCCAUCCUACAGGGCGAUUUGCCCGAGAAUGAGAAGUCGCCCGAUCGCCUUUGGCAGGACGGGCAGGUCGUGGUGAUUGCUGGCACACUGACAACCGCCGCGGCGCUCUCGGAGAUCACGUACCAUCUGCUUCGACAGCCCGGCGAACUCAAGGCUCUCAAGGAUGAGCUGACAGAUGCCAUGCUCGACCCGGUAGCGCUCCCGGACAUGGCGAAGCUAGAGCAACUCCCCUACCUCACGGCCGUUAUCAAAGAAGGCCUCCGUCUCAGCAGCGGCAUCAGCACCCGCCUGCAGCGCAUCGCCCCUGACGAGACCCUCUUCUACCGCGCCACGCUCCCGGACGGCAAGAAGAAACUCGCCGCCCGGGACAAGACAUAUACCCUCCGUCCGGGCAUCCCCCUCUCCAUGACCGGCCUGCUCAUCCACCACUCACCGACGUAUUUCGACGAGCCCAUGGCGUUCCGGCCGCAACGAUGGAUCGACGACCCUACCCUCGACAGAUAUCUUGUCCCCUUCUCGCGCGGUACCCGCGCCUGCGUCGGCAUCAACCUGGCCUACGCCGAGCUGUAUCUCACCGUGGCGGCCGUAUUUAGACAGUACGGGAGCCGCGAGGUCCGCUUUCCCGACGACCAGGGAUUCCUGGAGCUGUACGAUACGAGCUACAAGGACCUCGAGAUCAUCGGCGACGGAGUAACUCCGUUGUAUCGGCCAGAUAGUAAUGGAGUCAGGAUCCUAGUGCAUGCAGCAUGA